CGGCAAAUAGAUUUUGAUAGACCCUGUUACUGUGCAUCAUUGACGUAUUUAAUUCUGCAGACCAUGUGAGGUUAAACAUAGAUAGGAAGACGAGAGAUCACACUGUAAACAUUCCACAAAACAACCAAUCAAUGAUGCCUAAAAGAAGCAUUGUGAAAGAAGCUAAAGGAAGCUCAGUGCAGUAUCACAAGCUUACAAGAUCAGACGAUGGAUUUAUUGAUACACAGUUUGAGAAGCCUCCUCCCAAAGUGCCAUACAAAGCCAUUGCCCUGGCUACUGUACUGUUUCUUGUAGGAACUAUCCUUCUAGUCAUUGGAGCACUUCUUCUCUCAGGAAGAUUCGUAGAUCCAAAAUACAAUGAUAGGACCUGGCCUGUACUUAUAAUAGGGAUCAUCAUGUUCCUGCCUGGGAUCUACCAUGUGAGGAUAGCAUACUGUGCAUAUAUGGGCUACCAAGGAUAUGACUUUGAUGACAUACCAGAGUUUGAAUAGCAAUAUUUCAGUCUCAUUUUUAUAUUGCAUAUCAAAUAUGGAAAAAGAGAUUUGGUAGAUUAUUUUCUUCAACAACGAAUCAUUUGUGUCACUUCAAUGAAUCUGUUACAAUUGAGUUACAUGAAUACUUUCCUCAGGGAUUAUCCACUAUUCAAACAUUAUGGAUGCUGAUGGUGAUUUUGAAAUGGAUUGGACUA